AUGGUUUCUUCAACACGUUCAUUGAGCGCUGGAUCGCUGAUGCUCGCUUUAUUAGCUUCCCCCGUGGCCGCCACAAGUUACUCCCUGGUGGAGACUUGGCAGGGGAAGAAUUUCCUGGAUUAUUUCAAUUUCCACGUUGGCUCUGAUCCGACCCAUGGCUUUGUUAACUAUCUCGACAAGGAGACCGCCGAAAAUACAGGCCUCGUCAAGGUCACCGAUUCUGGGAGUGUGUAUCUUGGUGUCGAUCAUGCUACCAAGCUAGACCCCAAGGGCAAAAGGGGCCGUGAUUCAGUUCGCAUUGGCAGCAAGAAAUACUACGACCAGUCUCUCGUCGUCGCCGACAUCGCCCACAUGCCUGGUAGCGUCUGCGGUACCUGGCCCGCCUUCUGGUCUGUCGGAAGGAAUUGGCCUGGAGAUGGCGAGAUUGAUAUCAUCGAAGGUGUCAACAUGCAUAAUCACAACGAAAUUGUCAUGCAUACAGCCGGCACUUGCACCUUGACAGACACGGAUAUGACCGGCUCGGUCAACGCUACAGAGUGUGGUCUGGACCAAGGCACGGUUGGUUGUGUGAUCGAGGGCCACGAGGGCAGUUAUGGUACAUCUUUCAACAAGAAGAAGGGAGGUGUGUAUACACUGCAGUGGACCAAUGAAUUCCUCAAAAUUUGGUACUUCCCCCGAAACUCGAUCCCGCCCUCGAUCACCAGCGGCAAGCCCGAUGUAACGCAAUUUGGUACUCCAAUGGCCGUGGUGCAGGAAUCGUGCGACGUUGCCAAUGCUUUCAAGGCCCAGUCAUUUGUAUUUGAUGUCACUUUCUGUGGAGACUGGGCGGGUAAUGUGUAUGGUGGUUCUGGUUGCCCCAUGACCGACGGCGAUUCCAUGCAGAGCUGUCACAACUACGUCGCCAACAACCCGACCCAAUUUGCAGAGAGUUACUGGGAAAUCAACUCGGUCAAGAUCUACCAGACUGGUGUUAAGGGAAUUGCAUCACCUGCGUCAUCCGAGUCCCGACCGGAUACGACCGCCGCUGCUCCUGUGGUGUCACACACAACUGCUGAGACACACCAUACUCAAACUGCUACUGCUGUGCACUCAUCUGCUUCCACUGAGGAUCAAAAAGCCGGAUCAAUUCAGGAAUUGCCUCCUGCGUUUGAUUCUUCCGUCGCAGCUACUACCAAAAACCAUGCCACUGAAGAAGUCGAGCACCCUGCCACCAGCCAGAAGACUCGGACUGUUACCUCUGUAGUCACUGCAACUGAGACCCUCUGUCCCGAGGACGAGGAGUCCUCCGCUACCGCCGCUCACUCUGUGGUUGCAACUGCACCCACUCCAACUGUGAAAUCUGUCCAAACCCCAGCCCACGGCCAAGAGACGGAGGUAAUGACCACAGCCGCUGGUGUGGACCCUCUCUCCAACCACGCAUCUGUCCCGGUUGGUCAGGGCCACGCUAGCUACACUUCCGCCCCCGGUGAGACCUUCGGUGCUUCGUGGGCGCAGCCUUCUGCGCUCCCCUCUGCCAUUGUUUCCUCCGUUCCAUACGAGGCUUCCAAAGCCCCGAAGGAGACCGCAUCUGCGACAUCUGGCUUCUAUGUCCCUAGCGGAUCUCAAUCUGGAUUCGGCCCUAUCUUCACUGGGGCCGCUGAUCGCUUGUCUAUGAGCAUCUCCGCCCUCUUCCUCGGACUCAUUGUUGCCCUUUUGUCUUAA